GCGCCGUCAGCAGCGGGGAGCCGAGCCCCGGCCUGCGGGAGGAGCCGCGCCUGGAGCCGGCCCGCGGCCCCGCCGGGCCCCGCUCGCCCAAGCUGGCGGCCCCGGCGCGCAUGGAGGAGCCCGCGCCCGGCGCCAUCGUGGUGCGCAUCGGCAUCCCCGACCUGCAGCAGACGAAGUGUCUGCGGCUGAACCCCGACGUGCCGGUGUGGGUGUCCAAGCAGCGCAUCCUGUGCACGCUCAACCACAGCCUGAAGGAUGUGCUCAACUACGGCCUCUUCCAGCCCGCCUUCAACGGCCGCGCCGGCAAGUUCCUGGACGAGGAGCGGCUGCUGCGGGAGUACCCGCUGAACCCCGACACGCCCCUGCCCUACCUGGAGUUCCGCUACAAGCGCCGCGUGUAUUCCCAGCCGCUGCUGGACGACAAGCAGUUCGCCAAGCUGCACACCAAGGCGAACCUGAAGAAAUUCAUGGAAUACGUGCAGAUGCUGAACUCGGAGAAGGUUUGCCGGCUGCUGGAAAAGGGGCUGGAUCCCAACUUCCAUGAUCCCGACACCGGAGAGUGCCCGCUGACGGCGGCGGCGCAGCUGGAGCUCAGCACCGACAUGAUCAAAGCGCUCCGGAACGGCGGAGCCCACCUGGACUUCCGGACCCGCGAGGGAAUGACGGCGCUGCACAAAGCCGUGAGGUGUCGGAAUCACGCGGCCCUGCUGACGCUGCUGGAUCUGGGAGCAUCCCCGGACUACAAGGACAGCCGGGGGCUGACCCCGCUGUACCACAGUGCCAUGGUGGGGGGGGACCCCUACUGCUGCGAGCUGCUGCUGCACGACUACGCCCGCCUGGGCUGCGUGGACGAGAACGGCUGGCAGGAGAUCCACCAGGCCUGUCGCUACGGGCACGUGCAGCACCUGGAGCACCUCCUGUUCUACGGCGCGGACAUGACGGCGCAGAACGCCUCAGGAAACACCGCCCUGCACAUCUGCGCCCUCUACAACCAGGAAAGCUGUGCCAGGGUUCUCCUCUUCCGAGGCGCCAGCAAGGAAAUCCGGAAUUACAACAGCCAGACGGCGUUCCAGGUGGCCAUCAUUGCAGGGAAUUUCGAGCUGGCGGAAAUCAUCAAAACCCACAAAGAGUCCGAUGUUGUGCCUUUCCGAGAAACUCCCAGCUACACCAAGCGCCGCCGGCUCCUCGGUUCCGGCGGGUUGGCGUCGCCGCGCGUCCUCCAGCGCUCGGCCAGCGACAACAACCUGAAAGCCGAGAGCCGCGCCUCGUAUUCCCCGGUGCCGUCCCUCCGGAGCCUCCCGCCGCAGCUCCUGGUCCAGAUGCAGGAAGCGGCCGCUGGAAUCGCGGCCUCUGGAAUUGCGGCUGGAGACGGGAGCUUGGCCAGCUCGGGCAGCGCCCGCAGCGCCCACAGCCGCUCGCCCUCGCUGCAGCGCGUGCAGGAGGAGAGGGAGGCCGAGGUGCCCUCGCUGCGCCGGAGCAGCCGCGGGAAAGCCAGCCGCUGCGUGUCCCUGCGGAUCCCGGCUGCUCCCGGCUCCAUCCAUCAGCUCCGGAGGCUCCAAACCAGGGAAGACCGGACCAAGCGGCUUUUCCGGCACUACACCGUCGGAUCCUACGACAACUUCACCUCCCACAGUGACUACAUCAUCGAGGAGAAGACGGCCGUGCUGCAGAAGCGGGAGCAUGAGGGCUUCGGCUUCGUCCUGCGCGGGGCCAAAGCCGAGACCCCGAUCGAGGAGUUCACGCCCACGCCGGCAUUCCCAGCGCUGCAGUACCUGGAAUCCGUGGAUGUGGAAGGAGUCGCCUGGAGAGCGGGAUUGCGCACGGGGGACUUUCUGAUCGAGGUGAACGGAGUGAAUGUGGUGAAGGUGGGGCACAAGCAGGUGGUGGCGCUGAUCCGGCAGGGCGGGAAUCACCUCCUGAUGAAAGUCGUGUCCGUCAGCCGCAAGCCCGACUCCGAGGAGGGAUCCCGCAAAAAGGCUCCGCCGCCGCCCAAGAGAGCGCCCAGCACCACGCUCACGCUGCGCUCCAAGUCCAUGACGGCCGAGCUGGAGGAGCUGGCCUCCAUGCGGAGAAGGAAAGGGGAGAAGCUGGAUGAGAUCCUGGCGGCCGCCGAGCCGGCGCUGAGGGCGGAGCUGGUGGAGGCCGAUUCCAGGGCGGCCACGGUGAAACAGCGCCCGACCAGCCGCAGGAUCACCCCUGCGGAGAUCAGCUCCCUGUUUGAGCGCCAGGGAAUGGCGCAUCCCGGGGUCCUGGCGGGAACGGAGAAGCCCCACGUGUCCCUCCGGAAGGGAAUUCCACGGACCAAGUCAGUAGGGGAAGACGAGAAACUGGCCGCGUCCUUGCUGGACGGGAAGUUCCCGCGGAGCACCUCCAUGACGGACACGGUCCGGGAAGGCCACGGGAUCCCCCCUCCCCCGCAGACCGCCCCUCCCCCGCCCCCCUCCCCCUAUUACUUCGACACCGGCCCCCCUCCCUCCUUCUCACCGCCGCCGCCACCGGGCCGGGCCUACGACACCAUCAGGUCCAGCUUUAAGCCGGGCUUAGAAGCCAAACUGCACGGGCUGCCGCAGGUGCUGAGCGCGGCCGAGAUGUACGACCAGGCCAGGGGCUCCAUGCCCUACCCCGAGCGGCAGAAGAGGGCCCGCUCCAUGAUAAUCCUGCAGGAUUCCUCCCACCUCCCCGUGGAACCCACCGAGAUCCCGCGGCCCGGCCCGGCGGUGACGCCUCCGGAGAAGCUCAAGAGGAAGGGCCGGGUCAUCGACAACCCCUACGCCAACAUGGGCCAGUUCAACGUGAGCCUCUUCGCCCCCACCAAGCCGCAGAGGAAGAAGAGCCCCCUGGUCAAGCAGCUCCAGGUGGAGGACGCCCAGGAACGGGCGGCCUUGGCCAUCACCGGCGGCUACUCCUCCCGGGAGCCGUCCCCCACGCGCCGGAGCCACCGCCUGGACUACCAGCACCACCCCGGCAUCGCUCAGGUGGAAGCCGCCGGCCUCCCCUUCGCCACCGCCAUCGCCGCCGGCGUCAUGAAGGACCGGGACCGGCGGCUGGAUGAGAGGAGGAAAUCCACGGUGUUCCUGUCGGUGGGAGCCAUCGAGGGGCCGGCGCCGGGCGGCAGCGAGAUGCCGUCGCUGCAGCAGUCGCGCUCCAUCGACGAGCGGCUCCUGGGCAGCCGGGAUGUCCUCCUGCCGUCCCCCGUGUCAGCUUUAAAGCCAUUAAUCAGCAGCUCCUCCUCGACCUUCAUCCACCCCCUGACGGGAAAGCCCCUGGAUCCCAACUCGCCCCUGGCGCUGGCGCUGGCCGCAAGGGAACGGGCGCUGUCCACUCAAGUCUCAUCCCGGUCGCCCACCCCGAUCCACAGCCCCGACUCGGACAGAGCCGCGCCCCUGUUUGUGGACAUCCAAACCAAAGAACCGGACAGGGGGGACUUGGAGAGCUUGGUGUCCCCCGCCUACUCCCCCGGAGGGAAGGCGGUGAUGGCGGCCGACGCCGGCGCUCUGACCCCCACCAAGAGCCCCUGGGGGACUCCGACCACCCUGCGGAAGGAGCCCGAGGUGAGACCGGAGACGCCAGGCAAGGAGGAGAAGAAACCCGAGGACAAGAAGUCCAUGAUCAUCAGCAUCGUGGACACGUCGCAGCAGAAGACCGCUGGCCUCAUCAUGGUCCACGCCACCAGUAAUGGUCAAGACGAGAUAGGCCUGGAGAUCAAAGAGGAGAGCCCGGCUGUGCCCGAGGUCUGCGCCGAGCCGGCCGAGUCCCCCAAGGCCGAGCCCCAGCCCAGCCCCGUGGGGAAGCCGCCGGCCAGCCCGGCCUCGGAGAAGGCGCUGGGCCAGGGCAGCUCGGAGGAGGAGGUGGAGCCCUACACGGUGACCCUCCCACCAGCCCAGCUGUCCUCCAGUGACGAGGAGACCCGCGAGGAGCUGGCCAAGAUCGGGCUGGUGCCGCCCCCAGAUGAAUUCGCCAACGGGGUGCUGGUGACCACCCCCGGCACCCCCGUGAGCCACCUGGCCACGCCCAGCACGCCGUCCCUGCCAGCGACAGCAGUAGCACCUUCUCCCCCCGGCGCGACACCCUCAGGGAAGCCCUCGGACACCCCCGCGGCCCCAGAGUCGGCGGCGGACUCGGGAGUGGAAGAGGUGGACACCAGGAGCUCCAGCGACCACCACCUGGAGACCACGAGCACCAUCUCCACGGUCUCCAGCAUGUCCACGCUGUCCUCGGAGAGCGGCGAGCCCACCGACACCUACACGUCCUUCGCCGACGGCCAAACUUUUCUACUCGAGAAGCCACCAGUGCCUCCAAAGCCCAAACUCAAGUCCCAGCUCAGCAAGGGGCCGGUUACUUUCAGGGACCCACUUUUGAAGCAGUCUUCGGACAGCGAGCUCAUCUCCCAGCACCACGCGGCCACGCUGGCGGCCACCAGCGCGGCCCGGCCACGCUACCUCUUUCAGAGAAGGUCCAAGCUAUGGGGGGACCCCAUGGAGAGCAGGCCCGGCCACGGGGCCGAAGAGGACAAACCAACUGUGAUCAGCGAGCUGAGCUCCCGCCUCCAGCAGCUCAACAAGGACACGCGCUCCUUGGGCGAGGAACCGGCCGGCUCCGCCCUGGAUCCCGGCAAGAAGUCGCCGGUGGUGGCCGCACGACUUUUCAGUAGUUUAGGAGAGCUCAGCACCAUCUCGCAGCGCAGCUCCGGCACCACCUUCACCGUGCGGCCCGGCAGCCGCUACCCCGUCACCCGCCGCACGCCCAGCCCCGUCAAACCCGCGGCGCUGGAGCGGCCCGAGCCCCUCAGCACCGUCCGGCCCUACGGCCUGACGCCCCCCACCAUCCUCAAGUCCUCCAGCCUCUCCAUCCCCCACGAGCCCAAGGAAGUCCGCUUCGUGGUCCGCAGCGUCAGCGCCCGCAGCCGCUCGCCGUCGCCGUCGCCGUCGCCGUCGCCGGGGCUGCACACGCUGCACCCGCCGCGGCCCUUCAUGCAGAAGCCGCUGCACCUGUGGAACAAGUACGACGUGGGGGACUGGCUGGAGAGCAUCAACCUGGUGGAGCACCGGGACAAGUUCGAGGACCACGAGAUCGAGGGCACGCACCUGCCCGCGCUGACCAAGGAGGACUUCGUGGAGUUGGGGGUGACCCGCGUGGGGCACCGCAUGAACAUCGAGCGGGCGCUCAAGCAGCUGGUGGACAGCUGACCGCGGCCGGAGCCGGGCCGGCAUUCCCAAGCCAAGAAAACCCACUCGGAUCCUCCCGCUCCUUCUCCGAGCGCUGCACUGAGGGCGCGGGGCCGCCCCCGAGGCUCCCGCGCCGCCCCCGGCCCAGGAAUGUUGCAUGAAAUUCCUCCUCGUUCCCGUUCUCCCGGAGAGGCUGCGACACCGCUCCGGCCCGGCGCUGGCACCGGGGACACGCGGGGACACGCCGCGGGGGUGGCACCUGCGGGGGUGGCACCUCCCGGGUGGCCCCGCCGGGCUCGGAGGUGGCCCAAGGUGCUGACGAGUCCCGGGUGGCCCUGCCGGGAGGUGGCCCCGGGUCCUGACACCCCCCAGGUGUCCCCGGCAGGGUCAGAGGUGGCCCCAGGUCCUGACACCCGCCCAGGGUGUCCCUGGCAAGGUCACAGUUGUCCCUGCCAGGCUUGGAGGUGGCCCAAGGUCCUGAACCCCCCCUGGUGUCCCUGCCAGGGGUGGCACCAGGUCCUGACACCCCUCAGGGUGUCCCUGGCAGGGUCAGAAUUGUCCCUGCCAGGGGUGGCCCCGGGUCCUGAACCCCCCCAGGUGUCCCUGCCAGGGGUGGCCCCGGGUCCCCUCCAGGUGUCCCCCAGGUGUCCCCCAGGUGUCCCCGUCGGGCUCGGAGGCGGCGGCUCCAGCGGGGCCCUCCCGGCGGCGCUCCCGGAGAAAGGAAGCAAGGAGAGGAUGAAGGAGAGGAGGAAGGAGAGGAGGAAGGAAGGGCCGGGAAGGCUCCAGCGGCGGCCGUGCCACCCCGAGCCGUGCCAGGCCGUGCCAGGCCGUGCCAGAAGAGCCCCCCCGCCAGGCGGACCCCCCCGGACUCUGAGCUGCUGCCCCGGCCGGGUGAGAGGGAGCGAGGAGCGCAUGGAUCGAAGCAUGUUUGGGAAUGUCGGGAGGCUGGGGGGGGGACGAAUCCCGCAGCAAAAAAAAAGAAAAAACAAAAAAAAAGGAAAAAAAAAAAA